AUGUUAAAUAAUCGUGUUUAUACUGUGAGCGAUGGGUCAGUGGGUAUCGCUAGUGGUCGUUUCGUUACUUCUAAUAUUACUUUGGGUAGUCCCGUUGCUACAGGCACUCGUGCUUGGGUUCAGAAUACAUAUGCAUCUCAAUAUAAUCAUGCUGUUCGGUGUUGGGAAUCAUUCGGUGAUGCUAGCAAAAAAAGAAAAAUGCGUGGAGGUCGUCUAUUACUCUAUCGAUGGUUAAUAUUAGCUGUUGUCAUCGUUUCGUUUGUGUUGGGCAGUUUGAGUAACGGAGUUAAAGCUUAUAUUACAUUUCCGAUCGUUUCUACCGUGAUCUAUAUUGGUUUGACCAUCUGGAAUUGGCAUGUAUUUCGAACAAACGAAAAUCUUCUUCAUUCACACAUGUUUCAUGUGCCUUCAAGUGCGAUUUCUGGAUGGUCAAACAAGUUUUUCCGCAUCCCUAUUCAAGUUGAAAACACCGAUCAUCAAAUAUUAAGUAUUUCGAACAAUGCUGGAACUACUAUCGCCCAACUUAUUCAGCAAAGUCAAGGACAAACUUCAAUUGAGAUCAUGGCUUAUACAGACAGCUAUUUGAGUAAGAUAGUAUUCCCCAAGGAAACUCUUCUUCAUUUUAUAAUUUUUAUUAUCGUCUUCAUUGUUGCUAUUGCACGUGUAGUAGCUGAAUAA